AUGCGGUGAUCUUGAUUGAUUCAGUUCAUCUUUUUUAUAAAUACCUACUUCAACAAUCACAUUAUUCAUCAUGCUGCGUGCAUCACGUCCAGUGGCUCGCACUGUCUCUGCUGCUAUCAGCAGAGCUACUGCUUCCCCUUUGACCCAGGUUCGGGCUGCUCAUACUGCCCAUUCGAAUGGUCAUGCUGGUACCAGAGCCGACCCUGCUAUUCCUGGUGAUGAAACCGGCUUUUUGCCUGGUGACAAGAUCACUGGCGACACUCAGAUUGGAUCCUAUCCCAACUUGCCAAUGUACAACCAGCAAUGGCGUGAUGGAAGCAUCGCUUCCGGAUACUCGGAUCGUCAGGAUCGUCGCAACUUUGGUGAAACUGUCCCUGAGGAAGAUGAGAUGCUCAACAUCUUUUCUCCUGAUGUCUGGAUCUUCCCUGCCUCAUUGGGUGUGAAGCGCCUUUUGACUGCUGCCGCUGCUUUCAUAGGCUUUGGAUACCUUCUCAAGGAGACUUUGCCCGAGCCUCAUUUCGAACGCCGUACCUAUCCUCAUGAUGGCCUUCUGGACGCCCUUGGUAUUGAUGCUUCGGAUGAAGUCAUGGUUGCCAAGCGUGGUGCCCGUGCAGAAUAAAACAAAGUAAUAAAAAAGAAAAAGAAAAGAAAAGAAAAAAAAAAUUGAACGCCUUUCUACUUUCCUUACUCCUUCACUCCCCCACUCUUUCUCCCCCUCUUGAUUAAAUUACAUAAAAACAUCAACAAAUGAUGAUAAAGUGAAUAGAAGCA